UUGAAAUGUUAUUUGUGCGUAAUCGCAUUCUUAUGGAAUAAAUUUUUAUUAUCAUCAUCACUGAUUACUACGAUGAUUUCACUAUAUCACUUAUCAAUUAUUAUUUUGGCAAUUCUCGAUGAAUUUUUGAAUUGAUUUAACUUCAUCUUCGUUAGGCUGCUAGGUUACUACGCAUAUUACUGAGCUACAUUAAAAUCAUUUAUUCAAAAGAUACAAAGAAUUGAUUUUCAAAGGAGUCAUCGAUAUGUAGAUUUUUUCAUCAUUGCAUACCAUAAUAUUCAUAGCUAGUACGAUAAUGAUCGUUAUUAUUAUUCUUUUAACAUUAAUAUUUAUUAUUGUUGAAAAUGUGUAGGUAAAAUUAGAUAUUUCUUAAUAAAUCUCAUUCGAAUUCUGGACAAGGAUUGAAUUCUAGUAGCAAUCCGAACGCACGCUAUAAUUUUUUGUCCCAUGUAUCACGUGCAAGUACACGCUUACACACACCACCCAGAAUUGGCCCUGCACCACCACUACAAAAAAGGAAAAAUGAUACAAUAUAGACUUUCGGGGUGAGUAGCGGAAACUACAAGGAACAAGUCGCGUGGAUAGGCCUACUAGUGGGGGUAGAGUGGGGGUAAAAACGUGGCUGAACGUUGGUUGAUCAACAGGGCUGUACAUUCCGCAUUUGCAAACGACACUAACACACGCGCGUGAUCUGACUGACAGCCGUUUUGACACGCGACUUAUUUCCGAUUUUCAUCUUUGGACACAAGUGUCAGUGAUAGUGACCUAUUUUCCGAUAUGGAUCAUUCUUUGUCUCAGCACACUCCAUUGCAGUGGGGAUAUUCUGGGAGUAGUAGUACUUCUUCGUCUUGGCAGCCUGUCUCAAGAGGUAUCAAAAGACCUCUUUCCGAAAGUGACUGUGAUGAUGUUUACUCGGAGGAAUCAUCUAAAGAGCAAUGCACCAGCCCUGGUGAUGCCGAUAGUUGUCAAAUGUUAUCGAGGAAAAAACGUAGAGGCGUAAUAGAAAAAAAGAGACGAGAUCGAAUAAACAUGUCACUGAGUGAAUUAAAAAGACUUGUGCCUAGUGCCUUUGAGAAACAAGGAUCAGCAAAGCUCGAGAAAGCCGAAAUUUUGCAAAUGACCGUUGACCAUUUAAAAAUGCUGCAUGCUAAAGGCUUGGAUUCUUUUGCUUACGAUCCGCAUAAAUAUGCUAUGGAUUACCAUGGAAUGGGCUUCAGGGAAUGUGUAGCGGAAGUUGCUCGAUAUCUUGAACGAAUUGAAGGUUUAGAUGUUCAAAACCCAUUACGAAUCAGGUUAACCUCGCAUCUCCAAUGUUGUGCUGCUCAGAGAGAACUAGCUUCAAAGCAAGCUACCUCUGCUCCUUGGGGAUACCCAGGAUCUCAACCUCCUUAUCCUCCCAUUAAUGCUUUACCUCCUUCUCCCGCUUCUAACCAUGGUCCUUUAUCUAAUCUGAAUCAUCAUCAAACAGCUCCUCCUCCACAAAAUAUACAUCAUGAUUUGGGACAUUUUGAUGUUUCUACAUCCUGUGGCCAAACUACAAUACCAGUACCAACUUCGGAUAGUAAUAAUAGAAUACCACCUUCAACAUCUAUAUUAACUCCUUUAACAACAACGACACCUUCAGCUUUAGCCUACAGUUCCCAUCAAUAUCCACACAACGGAUUUAGUAUCCCAACUACAAGUCAUCAUCAGAAUUAUAGCCAAAGUAUUCCACCAUCACAAGGAAUGAAACCAUAUCGACCAUGGGGCGCGGAAGUCGCUUACUGAACUAGUCUUUUAAUUAAGUGACCUUGAAAAAAACGUCCUGAUUAGUUGUUGAAAAUUAUGAUGUGAUUAUAAACUAGUGCCAGUUCGUUUUCGGACUAUAAUUAUGUGUUAUAUAUAUAUAUAUAUAUAUAUAUA